AUGUUAAUAUGGUUUGUGGAUAAGGAUGUGGCCAGUAUUGCGGUAUCUGGAAAUGGAUUUAUAAGUGAAACGGCAAUUGAAAAUAAUCCAAAUAAUAUACAUUGUGCUGUUUUAGACAGUAACCUUGCGAUUGAUGAUAUCAAAAGGUAUUUUGACAGCGACGGCUGGGCUGCUCUAAAACAAGUUGUGGAUAUAAAGCGAAUAAAUCCAACAUGGAUAUGCAAAUGUUGCAAUGAGGAUUCAUCGAACAAUUCGAUUUGUUGCAAUAGAUGUCUAGAGUGGUUCCAUUUUAAAUGUGUUAAUGUUAAAACAACAUUAAAAAAAAAAAUAUGGUUUUGCAGAAUCUGUAAAGAAACUUACGAUUGA